AAACUAAAUGGUGCUAUGAAUGACUUCUAUAACAACAUGUGUCAAAAUAAAGAAAUAAAGCCAUUAAUGUUGGAAGAAGGGCAGGUUUGUGUGGUUUAUUGUCAGGAGCUGAAGUCCUGGUGCAGGGCCAUUAUUAAGUCCAUCAUGUCUUCAGCAGACCAUUACUUGGCAGAAUGUUUCCUCGUGGAUUUUGCUAAGUACAUUCCAGUAAAAUCUAAAAACAUUCGAGUUGCAGUAGAAAUGUUUCUGCAGCUUCCCUAUAGAGCGAAAAAAUUCAGACUGUACUGCACAAAACCAGUCACGUUGCACAUCGACUUCUGUGAAGACUGUGCCAAAAUUGUACCUGCCAAGAAGUGGGACAGUGCUGCUAUUCAGUACUUUCAGAGCAUUCUAAGAGCCACUACCCAGGUGGAAGCCAAAUUAUGCGCUGUGGAAGAAGAUACUUUUGAAGUUUACCUUUAUGUAACUAUAAAAAAUGAAAAGAUUUGUGUUAACGAUGAUCUGGUUGCAAAGAACUUCGCCUGUUACGUAUCACCGACGCAGAAUAAACUCCUUGAUUCUUUAGAGAAUCCGAGGUUGAAUAUCAAUUCAGCAUCCUUCCCCAGUAGACUCAAUCCAGCGCUUACUCUUUGGCCAAUGCUUCUGCAAGGAAAACGUUGUCAAGAAAUGGAAGAUUCACAUGGGUUGAAUUUUCUGGCGCAGUCUCUCCGGUGCACGUGGUGCAAGGAUGUUGCCACUGACCUGAAGCCGGCUGCUGCCGUCUUGGGUAAAGCUGUAAAAUGUAAUGUGGAUUUAUUGGAGGAUUCACCUAAAAAAAAAGCUGAAAAGAGGCAACAGUGUAUCUCUUUAAAAGACUUAAAUAAGGGUGUUGAAUCAUCAGCAUACUGGCCAAUGAAAAGAGGGAUAACUAUUUAUGCUGAUCCAGAUAUACCAGCAGCAAGUGCCUCGCACCAGAAGCCAAAUGGGAGAGCCCUGAGAUUGGCUGAGAAGAAAGAAUACGACGAGAAGAAUGGCUGUGUGAAAUUACUGCAGUUUUUAAAUCCUGAUCCUCUGAGAGCUGAUGGAAUCUCUGAUCUGCAGCAGCUGCAGAAAUUGAAGUCUGGCCUGCAGCAGCCCUUGGCCCUGGUGCGCAACAGGAUCGAGCCCUGCCUGACCCUGGAGACAUCGCCCCUCUCGGCAGACCUGAGAAAGGCUCUUCAGAGGAAUAAGUUUCCGGGACCGAGCCACACGGAAUCUUACUCCUGGCCUCCCAUAGCACGUGGCUGCGAUGUGGUUGUCAUUUCUCAUUGUGGAAAUGACCCUUUGUUGUACCUUCCACCAUUGCUUACGAUUUUGCAAACCGGGGGUUGUUACAAGUCAUUACCAAGUAGAAACGGACCUCUCGCAGUCUUGGUGUGCCCUGGGUGGAAAAAGGCCCAGUUUAUUUUUGAAUUAUUGGGAGACUAUAGCAUGUCCUCCAGGCCGCUUCACCCUAUGUUGUUAACCAUCGGACUCCACAAAGAUGAGGCCAAGAACAUGAAGCUUCCGAGAGCGUGUGAUGUGAUUGUUACAACACCACAUAGCCUCCUGAGACUUCUUAAAUAUCAAAGCUUGUUAUUUCUUAGACUUUGUCACCUGAUUUUGGAUGAGGUGGAGGUACUAUUUUUUGAAGCUAAUGAACAAAUGUUUGCUAUAUUAGAUAACUUUAAAAAAAAUAUUGAAGCGGAAGAAAGGGAAUCUGCACCACAUCAGAUUGUGGCGGUUGGCGUUCAUUGGAACAAACACAUCGGUCAUUUAAUCAAAGAGUUCAUGAACGAUCCCUACGUCGUGAUCACGGCCAUGGAGGAGGCCGCGCUCUAUGGCGGUGUCCAGCAGGUGGUGCAUCUUUGCCUGGAAUGUGAAAAGACCUCUACUUUACUCCAAGCACUUGAUUCGGUUCCUAGUCAGGCUCAGAAGACCUUGAUCUUCACCUGCUCUGUGGCUGAAACAGAAAUGGUGUGUAAGGUGGUAGAAAGCAGUUCAGUAUUUUGCUUGAAAAUGCAUAAAGAAACGGUUUUUAACUUGAAAAGUGUUUUAGAACACUGGAAGAAGAAGUUGAGUUCUGGCUCUCACAUUGUAUUGGCUCUCACGGACGACUGCAUGCCGCUCCUGGGCAUCACCGACGCCACGUGCGUGAUCCACUUCAGCUUCCCUUCCUCGCCCAAAAUUUUUGGUGAACGCCUGUAUUGCAUGUCUGAUCGUUUUCAGAAUUUAACCGAACAGGGUUCUCCUGCAGAUCAGGGAGAUAAAAAAGCCAAAUCCGUCCUGCUGCUGACAGAGAGAAAUGCACGCCAUGCAGUCGGUGUUCUGCGCUACCUGGAGCGAGCAGAUGCCAAAAUUCCAUCGGAGCUGUACAAGUUUACUGCAGGGGUUCUGCAAGCAAAAGAAGAUGGAAAAGCCAGAAGGCCUCUUUGUCCAUGUCUUAAGGCUUUUGGUUUUUGCAAAGACAAAAGGAUCUGUCCUGAUCGACAUCAUAUCAAUCCAGAAAUAGACAUGCCAAGGAAGUUAUCUAACGAAUCUCUGCCAGCGUUUGGAUAUGUUAAAAUAAUACCUUUUUAUAUUCUGAAUGCAACAAAUUACUUUGGUCGUAUAAUCGAUAAACGAGUGGAUCUUUAUGCAACUCUUAAUGCUGAAAUGAACGAGUAUUUUAAGGAUUCCAAUAAUAAAACAACUGUUGAAAAGGUGGAAGAAUUUGGAUUAUAUGGAUUAGCAGAAAACACACUUUUUCACAGGGUUCAGGUGUUGGAGAUGAGCCAGAAAGAAGAUUCGUGGGCCCUGGACAAUGCCCUCGUCAAGUUCGUAGACGAAGGCCGGACUGCCCUUGUCCUGAAAAACCAACUGCUGCAUCUCCCAGAAAGUUUCCACACCCUCCCCCCGCAAGCUGUGGAGAUCAUUGUUUGUAGGGUGAAACCUGCCGACAACGAGAUUGAGUGGAAUCCGAAGGUUACUAGGUACAUUCAUCAUAAAAUUAUUGGAAAAUUGCAUGAUGCAAAAGUGAUACUGGCUUUGGGAAAUACAGUUUGGAUUGAUCCAAUGGUGCACAUUACAAAACUUUCAAAUUUGAAAACGUCUGUCAUUGAUUAUAAUGUUCGUGCUGAAAUUUUGUCGAUGGGAAUGGGCAUUGAUAACUCAGAGCAUAUAGAACAAUUGACAAAGUUAUGCCAAGGAGCUAAAAUGCCAACUUUUGAAGAAAGCCUAAACCAAACCCUGAAACCUCCUGCAGCAGAAGACGCUGAGCAUCUGCAGAGCCCAUGGCAAGAGGACAGGGCUCCGGAAAGAGGCGCCGACUCCGAGACGAACUUGGAAAACCAAAAGAUUGAAGCUUUCUCUGAAAAUACUGGAGACACUUCCGUUAACAAAAUGACACAGCCGUAUCUGAAAAGCUUCCACCCACAAAUAAAAUGGUUCCAAAAAGACGAUGUGAUCAUCUUAAAGAUAAGAAUAAGAAAUGUAAAAGAUUACAACUGUAAAUAUUUUAGAGACAGAGUCAUUUUCAGUGCCUGGGUGGGAGACAAAUUUUACUUGGCUGAUAUGGAGCUGCAGGCCAACAUAAUAAAAGAUGACUGCAAAUGCGUAAUUAAAAAUGAGGAACCUAUGAUCACUCUUGUAAAAGAGAGAAGGGAAUCCUGGUGUAGCUUACUCAAGCAGAAGAAUCCUAAUGUGGCUUUUGAUUUUGAUCACUGGGAAGAACAGGAAGAGGACAGCCCCUUCUCCAAGGUCGUCCAUCCUAAAAACCGAUUCUGCAAAUUGGCAAAGGUGGUUGAAAACAGUGACAGAUCUUCAGAGGAAGACUAAAGUGACAGUGAUUGAGAUUGUGAGUUAUCCCCAAGAGUGGCCGGACGACUUGGAACACAAAUGGACAUUGCUGCAUGACUGACAGUUAAGACAACAAGAAGUCAUAACGAAGCCUUGUUCACUUCCAGGAUAGGGUACCGUUGUCAUCUUCCGUUGGCACUAGACAUGGUAACGGUGAGAAAUUCCUAGUCAAUUUGAAAGUGGGCUGCUGAUAAGAAGACUGUCCCAGAGUGUGGAGGUGCCGUCUGGAUGCAGGGACACCAGUGGUGCUCGGCCAUCACGAGCUCAGCUUUCACUGUCUGUCCUACCCGUGGCCUCACAGGAAACUCAUCCCGACACGCUCAGGUCUGAGUGACAAGAGCAAACUGUGACAUCUGGGUAAUGAAUUGUACUGUCUGGAGUCAGUCCAUUAGUUUUUUUUCAUUUAGACCUACACUUGGUACAUUUCUGAAAACUUGGUCUAAUGUAAAUGGAGGCUUUCCUCUUCUAAAUUCAUACUUGGCACUGCUUAACAGACCCUUUUAACCCCGGGUUGGUUGGGAUUAGGCAUUUUCAGCCUUCUUAAGCUGUUAGAGCUAACAGGAGUUAGUUUACUUCUUAGGAAGAGAGAGUCCAAGGGUGAAAAUGGGGUUGCCUCAUCAGCAAUACCAGCAGGACCCAGAGCCUUCUUGAAUUAUAGCUGCUGCUAAGUGACCCCCUGGACCUACAGAGUCAGGGCAAACAGGAGAAAGUUUCUCUUCGGUGAAAAUUUAAAAGGACCUGUUGGGGUGCCUGAAGGUAAGCCUCAGAAUGCCCGGAUGUGAUGUGCCCUCAAAGUAUCCAUGACCCCGUGCUCAGUGAGGACAACCAUGGAUAGUCAUUACCGCUGAAAUGGAGGCGUGCCCCGAGGCUGACUUUCAGGCCUGGGUUUCUCUGUUAAUUAAAAAACUUAGAAGGUGAGCUGUUAGGAAAUUUAAAACCCUUCUUUGUGAUUUAAAUGACUUCUUCAGUAUGAGUUCGGCAGCUUAGUAGCCUAAAAGUGGAAAAGAACAUUUAUAGAACAUGGCUGUUGAGUACUUGCCCCAAGAUUUUUAUUCUGGAAGUUUACAUCAGAAAGCGCAGACACCCGCGUUUAAAUGUGCCCCAGGUAUAAGCCACUGCUUGAACUAGAGGUCAGCUCUGGCAUCAAGCUGUCAGUGAGCGGGUUUGGCUCACACUCUGGGUCUCAGUUUCCUCAUCUGUAAAAAUAAGACAUUCAGCUCACCGCAUGGCCUCGCCUCCCUCGGGGAGUGCCCGCGGAGGGCUCCUGGGCCAGGGCGUUUUUCCACACCGUGGCUGGGUGACGGCCGCUCAGAUCACUGUCCCCCAGGGAGAGGAUGUGGUGUCCAGCCUGGACAGCCUCCAGGAGCAUGUCCUUGCUUCUGUAAUCCCUAGA